ACCACCAACAAAAACCGCCAGGAUGUUCAGAUUGACUUCAACCAAACUCAGAACGAGAAUACCACUACUACAGCAACAGCAACAGCAACUCAGACGGGGCCAGUCAACAAGUAGCAACCAACAGACACUGAUCGAGAAGAUUGUACAGAAGUAUGCUUACCAACAACCAGCAAACAAGAGGAUCAGAUCAGGAGAUUUCAUCGUGCUCAAACCAGAACAUGUCAUGACCCACGACAACACCUCACCAGUCAUCAACAAAUUCAAAUCGAUCGGAGCUUCAAAGAUCGAUAACCCUCGUCAACCAGUCUUCACCAUCGACCAUGACGUCCAGAAUAAAUCUCCUGAAAACUUGAAGAAAUAUUCUAGGAUAGAGGCCUUUGCUCAUCUACAGGAUGUCGACUUCUUCCCCCCAGGAAGGGGUAUCGGCCACCAAAUUAUGGUUGAGGAGGGAUACGCUUUUCCUGGCUCACUCAUGGUCGCAUCCGAUUCCCAUAGUAACAUGUACGGAGGGAUAGGUUGUGUGGGUACCCCGGUAGUCAGGACAGACGCAGCGGCGAUUUGGGCUACACAGCGGACUUGGUGGCAAGUACCAGAGAUCGUCAAGGUGGAACUAAAAGGACAACUACCACUUGGCGUGACAGGGAAGGAUAUCAUUGUUGGUCUAUGCGGAAAUUUCAACCAAGACGAGGUACUGAACACGGCGAUUGAGUUCGUGGGCGAGGGUGUGAAGAUGCUGAGUAUCGAUGAACGGCUAGCGAUCGCGAACAUGACGACAGAAUGGGGCGCAUUGGCGGGUGUGUUCCCGAUCGAUAAGACGCUAAUUGAGUGGUACUACGAUCUCCUGGCGAAGCGGGAGGCCUUGGCGGAGAUCAAGACCCACUCUGGCCCACCUCCCUCACACCCCCGUCUAUCUCUCGAAAGGAUCAAGGCUCUCGGGCGUGUUGGCGAAGAGCUCAGAGCGGACGAGGAUGCAUACUACUCCAAGACACUGACGCUCGACCUCAGCACACUUGUCCCACAGGUAUCAGGGCCAAACUCAGUAAAGCUGUCAACUCCGUUGCCUGAGCUGGAGGCCCGAGAGAUCGCGAUUCAAAAGGCCUAUCUAGUCUCCUGUGUCAACUCGCGGCUUCCAGAUUUAGCGGCGGCGGCGGAGGUGAUGAAGGGAAAGCGAGUGGCAGACGGGGUAGAUUUUUACAUCGCUGCGGCAUCCUCAGUCGUUCAGAUGGAAGCCGAACGGGCCGGUAUUUGGUCCACCCUGGUCGCCGCCGGUGCCAAGACUCUGCCUGCAGGAUGCGGCCCUUGCAUCGGGCUCGGCGUCGGCCUGCUUGAGAAGGGCGAAGUGGGGAUCAGCGCGACCAACCGCAACUACAAGGGGCGGAUGGGUCACCCCCUCGCACAGGCUUAUCUGGCCAGUCCUGCCGUUGUGGCCGCGAGCGCGGUAGCCGGCAAGAUUUGCGGCCCAAACGCCUCCUCUGUCCCCUCCGAUCCCUCCAACUUCAAGCCUCAGAUAAAGAUCGUCGAACAUCCCAAGCCGACGAGGAUCUCCUCGCCCUACAAAGCCGACGCCCAGUCGACUGAGCCUCUGUUACCCAACUUCCCCGCCGUCUUCGGAGGCCCACUAGUCUUUGCCCCCGCCGAUAACAUCAACACCGACGGGAUCUAUCCCGGUAAAUACACCUAUCAGGACGAUAUCACACCGGAGCAACAGGCGGAAGUAGUGAUGGAGAACUAUGACCGUUCAUUUGCUCAGACUGUACGAGACUUAUACCCCUCUUCUUCUACCGAAACCCUGCCACUUCCCAACGACAAGAAUCUUACAGCUCGAGCCCACCGAAGCCGGCUCACCGGGAACGGCGUAGUGCUCGUGGUGGGACGGAACUUCGGCACAGGCUCGUCCCGAGAACAGGCCGCUACGGCGCUUAGGAACGCUGGAAUCCCAUUAGUAAUCGCAGCAAGUUUUGGAGAAAUCUUCAAACGUAACGCAAUCAAUAAUGGGCUAGUCUGUCUGGAAUCUAGAGAGCUCGUCCGGUUCUUGGAAACACAGUUCGCUGGACAAACUAAAGAUGGAUCUACAGUCGUUACUCAUUGGAAUUUAAGUCUGGAUGCUAGGUCUGGUAAACUCGAACUCUUCGAUCCUCAGCAUUCAUCUCUUAAAGAACCGGCUGUCUUUCAGCUUCAACCGAUUGGUAACUCUGUUCAAGAAAUUUUCGUUGCUGGUGGAUUGGAGGGAUGGGUCAAAGAACGGAUAUGAAUUUUGUGUUUCUCGCUUGUCAUUUCUUGCAAUUCAUAACUACGUAUGGAAGGAGACGGCGGAUUGAGGACAAUGAGGGUGUCAUUAUCAUCGUGAUCACCAUUCAAUACAUCGAACUGCUAUGAAUCUCGAAA